GGCCCUUUAAAUACCAAAUCAAAGAUGGCUGCCCUCAUUCACCAACCUGCAGUUGUUUAGCAUGGAACUCUUUGCUAAUUUCUAAAAAGAAUCGAAAAGGACCCGGACCCACUGCUGCAGCAGGACGCACCGGCGGGAUUCCCGCAGAAGUUUUUCACGCGCACACACACAGCACAACACUGACAGCUGUCGGGAUCGGAAGUUGCCUGCGUCGUCACGCACUCUGCCAAUCCUCAGGACUGUGGUUGAAAGUUAUGGUUUUGACGCUGGUUGUUACACAACAGACUCGCACAAUGUUAAGGAGAGCCGGCGCUUUCAGCGUGUGUGGAAAAUGAUUGCAGCCAGCAGCGACCUUUGCAUUAUGGUGAGGAGAUGUCUUCUCACUUUCAAACCAUUCAGGAUCUUUGUGGUGGGGAUUGGCUUCUUCAGCUUGUGCUUUCUAAUGACGUCCCUCGGGGGCCAGUUCUCGGCCAAGAGACCCGGAGAUUCCCCCUUCACGGUGCGAGCCGAAGUGUUCGGUGGCCAAGAAUCUCGUGGGGUGCUGAGGAAAAUCAGUGAAAUGCUGGAGGUCAUUAUGAAGAGGAUGGAUGCUCUGUCUAAACUGGGUAACACCACAGACAGCCACAGGCUGGAUGAGCUCAGCUCGGCCCUGGACAGGAUUCAGCCUAUAGGACUAUUGGAGCGGAUUCAGGCCAUAGCCCAGAACAUGUCUGACAUGGCAGUAAGGGUGGAGCAGAUCCUGCAGCGCAGCAUGGCCAGCGACAGAGUCAAGGAUGGAACAUUAGGACAAUGUGAGAUUCCUAAAGAUCCCCGCUAUCCGGACUGUCCCAGCAAGAUGAAUUGGAUGCGCGCUCGUUGGACCUCAGACCCUUGCUAUACCUUUUAUGGUGUGGACGGCUCGGAUUGCUCCUUCCUCGUCUACCUGAGUGAGGUGGAGUGGUUCUGCCCCCCACUGGCCUGGAGGAACCAGACCACUACACCCACCUUGAAGCCUCUGCCCAAGAGACAGGCUGUCUUCCAGUCUGACAUCGGGGCUCUGCUGGAGCAGGUGGGCGCAGGGAAGGAAUCACUGAGCUUCAUGAAGAGACGCAUACGCAGAAUGGCAGCACAGUGGGCCUCCGCUGCUCGACGGCUGGAUGACAAGCUCCGCAACCACUGGAGAGAGCAGAAAAGGAUUCUAGUUCAUGUGGGCUUUCUGACAGAGGAGUCUGGGGAUGUCUUCAGUCCCAAAGUGCUGAAGGGGGGUCCUCUGGGUGAGAUGGUGCAAUGGGCCGACAUCCUCACAGCCCUCCAUGUGCUGGGACACAACCUCAAGAUCUCGGUUUCCCUCAAGGAGCUGCACGGGUCUCUGGGGGUCCCUCCAGGAAGAGGAAGCUGUCCUCUAACAGGACCUCUGCCCUUUGACCUCAUCUACACCGACUACCACGGCUUGCAGCAAAUGAAGCAGCACAUGGGUCUGUCACUGAGGAAGCACAAGUGCCACAUCCGAGUGAUUGACACCUUCGGCACUGAGCCUGCUUACAACCACGAGGAGUACGCCACUCGGCACGGCUACAGAACCAACUGGGGCUACUGGAACCUUCACGGCCAGCAGUACAUGACCAUGUUCCCCCACACUCCAGACAACUCUUUUAUGGGUUUUGUGGCGGAGGAGCUGAAUGAGACGGAGAGGCUGAACAUUCAGCGUAACAAGGUUAACAAUAUGGCUGUUGUGUACGGCAAAGAAGCCAGCAUGUGGAAGCUUCAAGGAAAGGAAAAGUUCCUGGCCAUUCUGAAUCGCUACAUGGAGAUCCAUGGGACGGUGUACUAUGAGGCACAGCGUCCUCCGGAGGUGCCCGCCUUUGUCAAGAACCACGGUCUGCUGCCUCAGCCGGAGCUGCAGCAGCUCCUCAGAAAGGCCAAGCUGUUCAUUGGAUUUGGCUUCCCCUACGAAGGUCCCGCACCUUUAGAGGCCAUAGCCAAUGGCUGCAUCUUUCUACAACCCAAGUUCAAUCCCCCUCACAGCUCUCUUAAUCAUGACUUCUUCAGAGGGAAGCCCACCUCCAGGAAGGUGUCCUCUCAGCAUCCGUAUGCAGAGCAGUACAUUGGCAGGCCGCAUGUCAUCACUAUCGACUUCAAUAACUCUGAGGAGUUUGAUGCGGCCAUCCGUGAGAUCAUGAGGAUCAAUGUGCAGCCAUUCCUGCCCUAUGAGUACACCUGUGAGGGGAUGCUUGAAAGAGUUCAUGCCUACAUUCAGAACCAGGACUUUUGUUCCCCUGAAGCUCCGUUUCCUCCAGUAAACUCAUCCUGGCUGAGCAGCCCUCCCAGUCCUUUCGUCCUCCUGCCAAACUCCAGCAUCCUGACCUGGGCCUCCAACGCCAGCUCCUGCCCGUCCUGGCCACCCCUCAGCGCCCUGCGCCUUUUGGCUUCCCUGGAGGGCCAGUCGUGUGUGACGGCGUGCCAGAGUGCAGGACUCAUCUGCGAACCUGCCUUGUAUCGUUUCAUCAACAUCAAGGAGGCCUUCAGCGCGCUGGACCUGCAGUGUGACGGAGUGGAGUCCGAGAUGAACCACCUCUUCCCGGCCUUCUCAGCAGAGCAUGCUGAAUGUAGCCUGCAGCAGGAUCCCCUGCUGUUCAGCUGUGCCGGCUCCAGUGCCAAAUACCAGCGCCUUUGCCCCUGCAGGGACUAUCGUAACGGCCAGGUGGCACUGUGCAGAGACUGCCUAUGACCAGAGGAGGAUCUGUGGAUGGAGACUUAUUUCUAACACUUGGUGACAUCUUGAAUCUGUGGUGAAAUGCUGUAACACAUACACUUGAGUACUCCUUUACCUCUGACCAAGGACUGGCUGGAGGAUGGAAAUUGUAAGACCAUAUUACCUCUCAGGGAACUGCAUGAUUGUACUUUGAUCUGGUGGGAUUGAAGCCUCAGUUUAAAGGUUUACAUGGCUGCAUAGGACCACAGUCUACAAAAGUCACAAUGAAAUGUAUCAUUUGAUGGAUCAGUUAGAUUAGUAAAGAAACCAUGAGCAAUCAAAAGGAAAGCUUUGAUAAAAAAAAAAAUAUUGCAAAUGCUUGAAAUUCACAAGUGUGUUUACUCAGUGUUGUGUGAAUACCUACAGUAUCAUAGUGGAGUUUGGAUAUUUGUACUAGAUGCACCCAAAGCUGUUUACACCAUGUUGAGAUGUACUACUUUACAUGUCCUGUAUGAAUACAUUUGUACAUAAAUGUUUAAUAAAAUACAGGGGAUGAAAAAGUUGUUGCAAUUGUUUGAAUUA